CAGUAACUCUUCAUCAGACUCUUGAGGAGACAGAAAUAAAGACCCCGGCAGGAGCACACACACAGCUCAAGUGUUUCUCAGCGAGCGUCUGGAUGGAGGGAGACGGAGGUGUGGAGCUCACACAGAGCCCUGAGACUCUCACCGAGGACGACGUCUGUGUGAUCCAGGACACGUGGAGACCCGUCUACGAGAACCGCGAGAACGCUGGAGUCGCUGUGCUCAUCAGAUUUUUCUCAAACUUCCCGUCGGCGAAGCAGUACUUCGAUCAGUUCCGUGACAUGCAGGAUCCCGAGGAGAUGAAGCAAAGCAUCCAGCUGAAGAAACACGGGCUGCGGGUCCUGACCGCCCUCAACACGCUGGUGGAAAACCUGCGUGAUGGAGACAAACUCAACACCAUCUUCCAGCAGAUGGGCAAAUCACACGCGCUCAGACACAAGGUGGAUCCGGUUUACUUCAAAAUUCUGGCUGGAGUAAUUCUGGAGGUGCUGGUGGAAGCUUUCCCACAAUGCUUCAGUCCGGCAUCAGUGCAGAGCGCGUGGUCUAAACUCCUGGGCGUCCUGUACUGGCAGAUGAACAAAGUCUACGCUGAAGUCGGCUGGGAAUCCAUCAAAAACUCUGCAAAGUAAAGGAGAGAAUAAAUGCAUAAUUAUAUGAAUGAAACCAAAGAUUAUUACAGUAAUGUCAUGUAUAUUUGAUUCAUUUCUAUAAGUGAACGAAAAAGACGUAGUAGAAAAUAAAGACAUGUUGUUGUUGUAAAAUGAGCUCAUACAAGACAAUGUUUUAUAAAUGUUGAUGGACUCUACAUGAUAUUUUAUCUGGACUUUAUCGAUGUCAUAUCCCUAGCAACUGUUAUUCAGCUCAGAUAAUAAACACACAUAUAAAUCAGUGCAGAAAUCUCAAGCUCUCUGCAGUCCGUCUCCCAUUAAAUAUUUACACAUACUCCAGAUAAACCAUGGGCCUGUACACAAACACGACCUCCAUCAGAUACAAAAAUGUGCAUUUCUGAUGAAACAUUCGGGUCUCUGCUGGAGCUUUAGAUAGAUAUCCAAUUCAUCUAAAGCAGAUGUUUUUGAAAGCGACUUUUGUAUCAGCCGCUUCCUCUGCGUGCUGUGAGCAAAAUGAGUAGAAAGGACUGUUCUGUGCAAAAGUACCUAAACUGAUUCUUUUGUACUUAUUCAAAUGUUUUGUACAUGUAAAAUAAUCACUGAUUCAGAAAUAAACUCUGAAACAUUAAAGAAAUAAACUCUGAUUAGCUACUUU